AUGUGCUCCUCAUCCUUCCCUCUCGCAUCUUUUGCGCUGCUGGCCACGGCUUCCGCCAAAUCCAAGGAACCCCAAGAAGACGAACCAAGAAUCGAGAUUUUCGACGACAGUGACGUGUUUGUGCUGGUUUCAGCAGUAACGAACACGUCUACCUACAGCCCUGGCGUCGACAUUUAUCUCAAAGUGACGUCGACUGGCCCCUCUGUCAAGAAGACAAAUGUGAUGAACGCUGCCCGCACUGGGAGUGGUACCAAUUACAACUUCCCUGUGAUUGCUUGCGUCGGCGGCUCAGAAGACGACGUUGGCUUUGCUACAGCCAACGAUGAUGAAUGUGACCGCGUAUCGGAGAACUACAAUGUCGAAGUCUUUUUGGAUCCGUGGUCGGAUGUUCUUGAGCUCAGGAAAAUCACAAAGAUGCCGAAUGGUUGGGGGUUCGGCAUUGGCUUGAGCGCUGAAGGGCUCAAACGGAUUAGCCGGCAACUAAUAGAGCGGGGUGAUGACCCGCCCGUCCUAGUUGGUAGCAGAAACGAAUACGAGGUGAUAAUUAGUCAACCUCUGAUACUUAACAUGGGGCUAUUGGCGGUUCAAUUGUCUCAACAUCAUUGCAUGUUUGGAACACUGCUGAAUAUAGGUGUCGAGCUCAACGUACAUGAUACAACUGAAGGAGUCAGGGAUCCACAACAUAGACUAGGGGUGGUCUAA